AAUAUUUGAAGUUCAACGGUAAACGGUUUUUGUGUUUGUGUUUUCAGUUUCUUUCUUUGUAAUUGAAAAGAAAAAGUGCGCAGAAUUUAAGAAUUCGUGAUCAAAACACUAAUAUGACUAUGAAGAACGAAGUGUUAGAGCUUGAGACGAAAAUAAUCAAUCAUGAAGCUUACGGAACCUCGUACAGAUGGCUUCCAAAAGAUUUUGAACUAGGCUCGGCUCUUGGUCAAGGCAAAUUCGGUCACGUACACGUAGCUAGAGAGAAGAAAACUGGAUUCUUGGUGGCUAUCAAAACACUCUUCAAAUCGCAAAUUGUUAAAUCAAGAUGUGAGCGACAAGUGAUGCGAGAAAUAGAAAUCCAGUCUCACCUAAAGCAUCCAAAUAUCCUUCGGCUACUUACCUGGUUCCAUGAUGAGAGGCGCAUAUACCUGGUGAUUGAGUUUGCAGCAGGCGGAGAGUUGUAUAAACACCUCACCAACUCACCCAAGGGGCGCUUCCCUGAGGCUAAGGCUGCUAGGUACAUUUAUCAGGUAGCAGAUGCCGUAGAAUACUGCCACCAAAACCACGUCAUCCACCGUGACAUUAAACCUGAGAACAUUCUGGUUGCAUUCAGUGGAGACCUCAAAUUAGCAGACUUUGGAUGGUCUGUACAUGCACCUUCAGAAAGACGAAAGACAAUGUGUGGAACUCUCGAUUACCUUCCACCAGAGAUGAUCAAGAGGGAAGUAUACGAUGUGUCGGUGGACCACUGGUGCAUCGGAGUGCUGUUAUACGAGUUCCUGGUGGGAAAACCUCCGUUUGAGAGCGAGGGCCAAGACAAGACGUACCAAAGGAUCCUCACCUUGGAUAUGUCUUACCCUGAUCAUGUUCCUGAGGGAGCUAAAGACCUUAUUUCAAAGCUCCUCCGGCAUUCAAGCAAAGAGAGGCUGUCACUGGAUGCUGUCAAAAAGCACUUCUGGGUACAGAGCUUCUACAGCCCAGAACAAUAACACCAUGUGCCAUGUUAGUAUUAAUUAUGUAUUUAUAAUAAUAUUUUUUUAAUCACAGUAAUAAAUGUAUUUGACUGUUUAAAAUCUUUUGUUACUUUAUAACAAUAACAGUUCUUACAAGCCAAUUGAU